AAUUUCUUUAAUCGAGAAGCUUCUUUGUCCAUGAGUUGUCAUGAUUGGGAUGGGCUGGUCUUGCUUUCCGAUUACGAGAAUUCUCGCCUUUUUUGGAUACCUUUCCUUUCUUUUCCAUGCAUGAUCAUCUUCAUCUGGGGUUUCCUCAGAUUUCAGUGUUAUUACCUGUUCUGUUAUUAAUUCUUACCCUCAACGCCGCUGAUUCAGCUGAGCCACUUAAUGAAAAGGUCAGAUUUUGCCUUCCAUUUUCAGUUAUUACACCAGCCCUUUUACUCUUUCUCUCUCGUGGGCUCUCACACAAAUACACAUACUCUUCAUGGAAUUGCAUGCUUCACUUCUAUGGAGUAUUUGGUUUCUGAAUGCACCAUGGUGAUGGAAAAGAUUUUGGCGCUGAAGAUUUCUUCAGUUUCAAGGGUAUCAGGAUGUAUGAGAAGAAUAUCGAACUGAAUUCUCUUGGCCUUUCCGAUGGUUAAGCGAUUGACAUCGAUCUGUGAAAACGACUUUUUGGGGCCUAGAAUUGCAGUGGGUUCUUCAGAUUGUUAUGCGGAAUGAUCUAAGUUCUUAAACCCCGAGACCGAAUCUCAAAUGGACUUGAGCAGUUGUAGGCCUUUGAGAUGUUUUCGGCUGCAUUUGGAUUCUCCGACAUGCAAAUGUUUAAUCUUGGUUGCCAUUGUCUUGGUUCUCAGAGCAGUUUGUCUUCCUAGUUACUCAGGAUUUGGUGGCACUGGGCAGAGCAACUUAUUUGCUUUCAACAAUCGGCAAUCAGCAUCAAAUUCAGAAUAUCACAGUGGAAAAUUCAAGUUUUUAGAGGUUCCUCAAAUCGUAUGGGGUCUGAAUAAUCAAAAAAUUGCAUUUGCAAGAGCUUGUUUAACUGCAAGAAUGCUGAAUCGAACGCUUCUGAUGCCUAGCUUGAGCGCUUCGCUAUUUUACAAAGAGGUUGAUCUGUUGAAACCUAUUUCAUUUGAUAAGGUCUUCCAAUUCGAAAAGUUCAAUUCUCUAUGCGAGGGAUUUGUCAAAUUGGGUCGUUACUCUGAAGUUUCAAACACAAGUGAUGUCUUCGAGCUGCAGAAAGGAAGCGGACGGAGAUGGACGAUUGAGAAAGACAUAGAUCAGUUGAGACUGUUUAGCAAGCAUCCUUAUGAUGAAUAUGAAACCAUCAGGAUAGUUGGCAAGAACCCGUUUCUGUGGCAUGAUCAUUGGCCAGUUGAAGACUACGCAAAGGUUCUUCAGUGUUUAGUCUGGGAUGACAAAAUAUCUAGAGAAGCCGACAAGGUUGUGUCCAAGAUUAGAGAAAUUGGAUUGGAAGAAAGCCGUAAAGUAGGUUCCUCACAAAAUGAAAUCAAUUUAUUGCAGGUGCCGUAUGUAGCAGUUCACAUGAGAAUUGAAAAGGACUGGAUGAUUCAUUGCAAGAAGCUGGAGCAGAGGUUAAAUAUAAGUGAAAUUUGUAGCAGUAAGGAGCAGAUUAUGCAAAGAGUGGGAAACAUUGUGGGUUUGAAAACUCCAAUAGUUAUUUACCUUGCAGUCGCAGAUGAUCUUCUUGAGGAUAACUCUAUACUGACUGGUUGGAAGGAAGGAUUGCUUCCUUUGGAGAAGAAGAAAUUGGGUAUUUUCAAUAUUUAUAAGAAGCAUUCCUAUCUGAUUCAAUCAGCCAUCGACUAUGAAGUUUGCUUGAGGUCCGACGUGUUUGUAGGUAACAGUUUUUCAACUUUCUCCAGCCUAGUAGUUCUUGACAGAACUCAGAAAAUGAUAAGCAUGGGUGUUAAAGAUCUCUGUGGGACGGAUGUCAGAUGGCCUUCUUAUGCCUACAAUUUAGAAGGUGAAUUGAACGGUCCUCGUCCGUGGGCGACCAAUAUGUCUGACUUGAGCCUUCAAGCAAUUAGUUAUGGUUCUAAUCAUAUUUCUUGCAGUUGAGUCAAAUUUUUUAUACCCUCGACACCAAGAUUCACAUGGAUGAUUCAGCCCAAGCUCCUCCUCAAGUGCCUUUUUGGAGAAAUUGGCGGUAUAGCUUCAUCUUUUGCAGACAUCAGUUAUAGAACUUUUAAAAUAGCAUACAAAUGUUUAUUCAGGCAUACUUCUAUUUCUUGGUAAACCUGAAUUUUUGGUUGACCUUGAUAUUUUUCAAGUUUGAAAAGUUGAGUCUCCUUUUCGUGGGAUAUCUUUUAAA